UAAAAUUAGCUCCACCUUGACCUACUACAACAGUAAAAUGAUAUUACACACGAGUGCAUCACAACAACAACAAUAAUAAUUACAUAAAAUGAAUAAAACAUGUUAUAAUAGUACAGGGGGCAUUUUUCUGAGUACUUUUAAUUAGGCUACAAUUUGCUAAUAAUGCUUACUUUACUCAAUGCAAGACUUAAUCUUGUAAAGGAGUAUUGUUACAGUGUGUAAUUGCUACUUUUACUGAAGUAAAUAUACAUUUCCCACCAGUGGAUGAAGUGGAAAAACACAUGUAGCCAACAGUGGAACGAUAAGGCAAAUGAUGCAUCUACCCGGACAUUUUAGUUUACGAACCCGGACAUGGGUGCGUCGUUGUUUUUAUUCCCCUGAGUUUUCAACAUGAAGGAAGUAAACAUGGCUUUCCCUGUGAGUAUGGGGGAUCUGCUUAAGGCAGACCUCCAGGAGGACGCUGUUUACCGGGACGACGGUCUGUGUGUUGUCGGUAUUUUCGGUAAAAGCAACAUGCAGCCCGUACAGCCGAAGGAGUCUCUUAUCAACACUCUGGCGGACAAACACAUCUUCCCGCUGUUCGGCGGACCGGAGGACGGCGGCACCGCGGACAGCCACAUCCAGGCUUUCUACAAUCAGGAGAGCCGGGUGCUGUACCUGCUGCUCUCCUCCGUCUGCGACAGCCGACAGCUGCUGCGGGCCUGCCAGUCUCUGAGCGCCGGCACCGGCCACUCCGACACCCACGACGUCUGGAAAGGCCUGGACAGACAGCACUGCCUCCACCUGCUCUACAUGUUCUCCGUGUGCCACGUCCUCCUGCUCGUCCACCCCAACCAGACCUUCGAUGUGACCUACGACCGGCUCUUCAGAGCCCUGGACGCCCUGCGACAGAAGGUCCUGCCUCUGAUCCGGGCUGCCAUCAAAGACUGUCCGGUGUCCAAAGAGUGGAAGGUGAACUGCCGGCCCUGCCCUCCACGCCUGCUCUUCGUCUUCCAGAUGAACGGCUCUCUGAAGGUGUCUGCAAACGGCUCAGAGUCUGGAGGAAACCACGACAAGCCCAAAAAGCACUCUCCCAGGAGGAGGCUGCAGCAUGCCCUGGAGGACCAAAUUUAUCGCAUCUUCCGUAAAAGCAGGGUCCUGACCAACCAAAGCAGCAACUGCUUGUUCACUGUGCCCGCCAACCAAGCGUUCGUGUAUGUGAUACCAGCAGCAGACGAGGACCCCGUGGGUGCUUUGCUGGGUCAGCUGCGGUCUAACUGCAUCUUGUGUGACCAAGACUCCACCCCGACGGUGUCAGGGCCGAGGCGUUACCAGCAGAUGCGACGUUCAGCUUGGCAGUCCGGCUUCAGCGGAGACUCAGCCAGCGUGUUGAUGGGCGGUCAGGUGGUGGACUACAACUUGAAGGAAUUCCUUUGGCAGCACGUAGAGCUGGUGCUGACCAAGAAAGGCUUUGAUGACAGCGUCGGCCGCAACCCACAGCCCUCACACUUCGAGCUGCCGACCUACUCCAAAUGGAUCCAGGUCGCGUCCAGACUCCACCAAGUCCUAAUUAGCAAUCCAGAUGAAGAAAUAGCGGAGCUACACACGAAAGUGCAAGGCCAGCUGAAGGUUUUGGAGGGUUUUCUCGAUGCUGACACAAAGUUCUCUGAGAACAGGUGCCAGAAAGCUCUGCCACUGGCUCACAGCGCUUAUCAGUCCAACCUUCCCCAUAAUUACACCACUACGGUGCACAAAAACCAGCUGGCGCAGGCUCUGCGGGUGUACAGCCAGCAUGCCCGAGGUGUUGCUUUCCAGCGCUACGCACUGCAGCUUCAUGAGGACUGCUACAAGUUCUGGAGCAACGGCCACCAGCUGUGUGAGGAGCGAAGCCUGACUGACCAACACUGUGUUCACAAGUUCCACCUGCUGCCUCAGUCAGGAGAGAAGCCAGACGUGGAUCGCAACCCACCCAUCCUGAACCACAACAGCAGGGGGCGCUCCACCAGCUCCUGUAACUGUGGCAGGAAACAGGCUCCUCGUGAGGAUCCAUUUGACAUCCAGUCUGCCAAUUAUGACUUCUACCAGAUGCUGGAGGAGAAAUGUUGCGGGAAGCUGGAGAGGAUUGAGUUUCCAGUGUUCCAGCCCAGCACUCCUGACCCAGCCCCAGCCUGCAACCAAGCUCAGCGACCCCCAUGUGAGGCCUCAGGGUCUGGUGAGCCAGAGAGGCUGAAGGAGCCAAGCACUGCCCAGAGCCACACACCUGGAGACACCAGCCUCAGCCUGGCUCUCAGUCUAGGCCAGUCCACGGACAGCCUGGGGCCCUACGGGGACGGAGAAGGAACCGAAACCCAAGUCCAGCAAAAGAGGCCAAGCCUUGUUGACCGCCAGCCCUCCACUGUGGAGUACCUACCAGGUAUGAUGCACUCUGGCUGCCCCAAGGGCCUGCUACCCAAGUUCUCCAGCUGGUCGCUGGUCAAACUGGGCCCAGCCAAGUCAUACAACUGCCACACUGGUCUGGAACAGCCUGGCUUUCUGCCUGGCUCUUCCUUCCUCUUGCCAUGGGACUUGGUGAUCCGUUCUCGGUCGGAGGAGGACGCAGGACUGACAGAGCCUUUGGAUGGAGGCACCUCCUCAUGGCCAGCCCCCAACAAGACCCUGGUGGGAAAGCGAGGGAGCACUGGAGGGCUCGGUAGGAGCCGCAGGAGGGAUGAUAUGGCUCGGGUCUUUGUGGGGUUUGAGUAUGAAGACAGCAGGGGAAGACGCUUCAUUAGCUGCGGGCCUGAUAAAAUAGUGAAGGUGCUGGGGCCAGGGGGCGCCAAAGAUCCCGCCACCAGGGUGUUAAACACAGACAUGCCACUGUACAUCCCUUCCCCUUCACAGGGCCGUGGCCUGAAGCCUCACUUUGCCCAGCUGACUCGCCUUUAUAUUGUGGUGCCUGACACCCCGCUGGAGGUUACCCUCAACCCACAGGUACAGCCUGGUCCUCCUCCCUGCCCAGUUUUCCAUCCAGAGCAGACAGACAUAGUGUUGUCGCCUGACAGUCUUUGGGUGCUGCGUUUCCCUUAUUCUUAUGUAACAGAUCGUGGCCCCUGUUACCCCCCCAAAGAGAACCAGCCACUCAACAACUACAAGGUGCUGCGAGGCAUCCUGAAGGCCACCACUGCGAACCCUCCACCACAGUGAACUUUUUACAGUAUGAAGGACUUCACCUUCCUGGACCCACUCCUAUUUAUUUACACCUUUGGAUGUAGGCUGAGAAAAUUUUGUUUGUCUGACCUUAAGUUAAAAUCUGGCCUCUACCAACACUUUGGUGUUAGAACACAGUGGUGUUAGAAACAAAUGGUCGGAUUUCCAUGAAAUGUGCUGUGGAUAUUCACGGUACCCAGAGAUUGAAUCUCAUUGAUUUAGAUUUUUGAUUCAAACAAAUUUACUGAACACUUUCAUGCUCCCCAGAGGACGAACCCAUUCUGUAGUGGACACUUCUUGGGUAUUGUAAGGUGAAAGGGACACUGUAGCCUCUAGCAGCCGAUAGCAGGGCUUUAAGCUGCCGGAGUGCUUCUUCAGAAGUGCUUGUCGGAUGGUCGAACAGCUUCAGAAACCCCCUCCCCCCACACCUUUCCGACGUUGGUCUGUCCAACAAUUUCUGUAACUUUUCGAAACCAACAAUCCAACAUUCACACACACUGCAAAAUAGGGGGAGUUACAAUAAAGUGUUACCUGUAUUCUGCUUCAUGUGUAGCGUGGUAUCACAACACAUAUCCUACUGCAACACUGAUUACUACUUAGCCAGACAUACCUGAUACUCUGGGUACUGGAGAGGAACAUGUUCAUGUUUUUCUGUAAAUAAAAAUAACUGUUUGUCAUUCUC